AUGGUCAGGACUAUAGCGGAGAACUUGGCGGAGUUGCCAGGAUUGAAGGAGGGCCAGGACAUCAUCAAGCCCAUGUCCGACCCCAUCAAACCUUCGGGACACAUCCAGAUUUUGUACGGCAACGUAGCCCCAGGGGGUGCCGUGGCUAAGAUCACCGGGAAGGAGGGGCUGACAUUCUCAGGUGUCGCUAAGGUGUACGACUCCGAGGAGGAAAUGCUUGAGUCAUUGGCACGAAAAGAAAUCAAGGCCGGCAUGGUGGUGGUGAUCCGUUACGAGGGGCCAAAGGGCGGCCCGGGGAUGCCCGAGAUGCUCACCCCUUCGUCUGCCAUCAUGGGUGCUGGCUUGGGAAGCUCGGUGGCGCUCAUCACUGACGGGAGGUUUUCGGGGGGGUCUCACGGGUUUAUCAUCGGACACAUCACCCCUGAAGCUCAGGAAGGCGGCCCCAUCGCUCUCCUCAAGGAUGACGACCCAAUCGUUAUUGACGCCGAAAAGCGCACCAUCUCCGUCCUCGUAUCCUCUACCGAGUUGGAGAAGCGGCGACAAGACUGGGUUCCGCCGCCCCCUGCGGCGACCAAGGGCACGCUGUUCAAGUACAUCAAGAACGUGGCCUCUGCUUCCGAAGGCUGCGUAACCGAUGAGUAGGGCAUCUCUACUUUUAUUACAGUUUAGCGAUCCCUCUUGCAACGGGCAGGGAGUUGGAUGAGGGUUACCGUCAGGUUGCAGCCUCGAGGGAACCUGCUGUCGUAGCACAGCUGUUCAGUGCGUGCGUAUGGUACUGCAGGCAUGGGCAUGGGAUACGUCGAUUGACCAAUUGGCCUACAUGUAGGGUAACCGAGUUCGUUGUAUUGUAAUAUUUUUUGUUGAAAAUGGGUCACAAAGAGUGUCUGCAGACACAACACCUUCAGCAACAGAAAGUAGGUUGGUUGCAUCGGGGCUGGCAACAAACGAUGUUUGGCGUGUUACCCAAGAGUGGUCAUUUGUCGCUGACCUCUUUGGCUAGUUGGUUGUGUGGUGUGUGUAGGUUUACUUCAUAUCACAAUUGCAGCCGCGUGCGGCACUGCUUUUAGCUUCGCUAGCAUAGAGUAGGCAAAAGAAGGGGAUUCCAAAACCUUAGAAAGCGAUUGAUGAAUCGCAAGGGAUGCUCUCGGUGCGUUUUUUUCGACCGCACCGUCACUUUUCGAGAGGAAAAAAACGCACCGCCGU